UUGAGUUCUUGCAUUGCAGAAAUGGAUUGCACUCCAGGCCCUGCUCUGUUUCCUUUGCAUCGCUGUAAAACUCUGCACCUGGUGAGACAUGCUCAAGGAAUUCAUAAUGCUGAAGCUGAAAUUGACCAUGAAGCGUACCUAUCUCCAAAACUUUUUGAUGCACACCUUACCCCCUUGGGUUGGCAGCAGGUUGAUAAUUUGCGUGAGCAUGUUCACUCAUCUGGUCUUGCCAAGAGAAUUGAAUUAGUUAUUACAUCUCCUCUGUUAAGGACAAUGCAAACAGCUGUUGGAGUAUUUGGUGGGGCAGGCUAUGUAGAUGGUGUGGAGGCACCUCCUCCACUAAUGGUCUCAAAUGCUGGAAAUAGUGACCGUCCUGCAAUUUCAAGUAUAGAUUGCCCACCUUUUCUAGCCGUGGAGCUUUGUCGAGAACACUUGGGAGUUUACUUAUGUGAUAAGAGAAGAAGCAUUCGGGAGUAUCAGCCUCUUUUUCCUGCAAUUGAUUUUUCCCAGAUAGAAAGUGAUGAAGACAUUUUUUGGAGGGCUGACAUUAAAGAGACAGAAGAAGAAGUUGGAGCUAGGGGAAUCAAGUUUAUUAACUGGUGA